AAAGUGUGUGUAUGUCUAGAAUAACUUACAUAAGUAAUGAAUCAUUUGCAAAGUAAGUUACAUAGGAAAUGUGGUAUGCAUGGUAUAUUGGUGUUUUAAUCUGUACAUUUUGGCUUUACUAUUUCAUUGGAUGCCAUUUCAGUUUCUUUCAAAACAUAACUAGGUUCAAAAUAUUUGUAUAUGUAAAAUGAUUAUCAUUUUUACAACUUAUUUUGUUUGUUAAAACAACUAAAACCCCCAAAAACUUUCAAGAUAUUAAAGGAAAUAACAGCUUGUAGGGUAACCAACAUAAGAAAAGUGGGUCUAUCUCACUAGUCAUGUUUCCCUCCUUGGUUUAUGUAUAUUAAAAAAAAUGUUUAAUAAUUAUAUGCAUUUGUUUUACAUGUGUGUAGUGAUAUUCAAUACAAAUGGCUUUGUUUAUUUUACUCAAUUCAUUUUUGGUUUUAGAUACAAAGAAGUACAAGAAACACUUUGAUGAUCGUCAACUGAAAGAGUCUUCACAGGAUACGUAUUGAGGACAAUAUUUGUGUCAUAUGUGGUAAAAAAUUUGUAAGUGAAAGUAGUCUACACAGUCAUGAGAAGAUGCACACUGGAGAGAAACCAUACAGCUGUGUCGUAUGUGGUAAAAAAUUUGUAUGUGAAAGUAGUCUACACUGUCAUGAGAAGAUACACACUGGAGAGAAACCAUACAGUUGUCAAGUAUGUGGUAAAGAAUUGUUAAGUAAAGUUGGUCUAAAUAUUCAUGAAAAGAUACACACUGGGGAGAAACCAUACAGCUGUGUUGUAUGUGGUAAACAAUUUGUAAGUAAAAGCAACCUAAAGAGUCAUGACAAUAUACACACUGGAGAGAAACAAUACAGUUGUACAAUAUGUUUUAAAGAAUUUAUAAGUGAAAGGUACCUAAAGAAACAUGAGAAGAUACACACUGGAGACAAACCAUACAGUUGUGUUGUAUGUGGAAAACAAUUUCGAACACAAAGUGAACUUGAAAUACAUGAGAGGAUACACACUGGGGAAAAACCAUACAUUUGUGUUGUAUGUGGAAAACAAUUUAGGACAAAAUGUAAACUUGAAAUACAUGAGAAGAUACACACUGGGCAAAAACCAUACAGUUGUGUUGAAUGUGGAAAAGAAUUUCGAACAAAAACUGAACUUGGAAUACAUGCAGCGAUACACACUGGAGAGAAGCCAUACAGUUGUAUAGUAUGUGGUAAAGAAUUUGGAAGGAAAAGUAACUUAAAGAUUCAUGAGAGGUUACACACUGGGGAAAAACCUUACAUCUGUGUUAUAUGUGGAAAACACUUUGUAAGUAACAGUCACUUAAAAAGCCAUGAAAAGAUACACACUGGGGAGAAGCCGUACAGUUGUGUUGUAUGUGGAAAACAAUUUCGAACACAAAGCGAACUAAAAAUACACGAGUGGAUACACACAGAAGAAAAGCCAUAUAGUUGUGUUGUAUGUGGAAAAAAAUCUGUCAAUAAAAGUUACAUAAAAAGUCAUGAGAAGGUGCACACUGGGGAGAAACUACACAGUUGUGCAGUAUGUGGUAAAGAUUUUGUAAGUAAACAUAGCAUAAAAAUUCAUGAAAAGAUACACACUGGAGAGAAACCAUAUAGUUGUCUAGUAUGUGGUAAACAAUUUGCAAGUAAAAGUAACCUAAAAAUACAUGAGAAGGUACACACUGGUGAGAAACCAUACAGUUGUGUUGUAUGUGGAAAACAGUUUGCAAGUAAAAGUAAUCUGAAGUGUCAUGAGAAGAUACACACUGGGGAAAAACCAUAUAGCUGUGCAGUAUGUGGUAAAGAAUUUGUAAGUAAAGGUAACCUACAGAGUCAUGAAAAAGUACACACUGGGGAAAAACCAUACAGUUGUGUUAUAUGUGGAAAAAAAUUUGUGUCUAAAAAUUACAUAAAGAUUCAUGAAAAGUUACACACUAGGUUAAAAUAUGAAAUUGUGUAGUAAAUAUGUGGUAAAUAUUUUAUAGAUAAACUCACCUUAAAAGUCAUAAUAAAAUGCCACACUGAGAAGAAACUAGACAGUUAUUCUAUAUGUGGCAAAGAAUUUGAAGAACUUCUAACCUGAGAAUAAAUACUGUAAAGAAGCCAUAUAAUGUAGAAUAUGUGAAAAAGAUAUAGCAAAGAUCACACACUGGGGAGAAACUAUACAUUUAUGCAAUGUUUAACACUUGUUUUGAAGAACUUCUCCAUUAAAAAGCCUCACUUGGUGUGAAAAACUCCUCCAUUAAAAAGCCUUACUUGGUGUGAAGAACUUCUGAAGCUGUAUAGAACAAAAAUAUUUAAUUAAGUAUUAUCCAAAUUAGCAUCAGUGGAUACAGUAUCAGUAGAGUAUGAUUGAUGCAACCCACUCAGAUAGAUCAGAACUAAAAAUUAACCCUGUUAAUAAAGUAGUUGAUGUAAUAUUAUGGCUGAACUAAGAGUAUACAAUACCUAAAACAAUACUUUAGAAGAUCACUAUGCUCUGAUUCAUAAUUGAAUUUCAUUGCUGUUAUCAGUAUUUUCACCAUUUUCUUUGUAAGGAGAACCUACAGCUACAUAUUAUGUAGUAGAAAACGAGUAGUAAUUGUCACCUUUAGUCCAUUUUAAGUACAUAUUACUUUAUAUUGAAUAAUUUAUGUUUUGAAUUGCAUAUAAUUUUUAAUUGUCUGAUAAUUUUAUAAAAUAAUAUUAAAGUUACAAACACUAACGUUUCCCAUUAAAGCUUGUUCUUUAACAUUUCAAUAAGCACCUUCUAUUAUUUCAGAGACCUUUUAGUUUAAGAGUGCAUUGUACACCUGUUUUUAUAAGCUUCUCUACUAUUCUUCAUGUGUAAUGUUUUCACAUUCAGAAAAUAAAAUAAUUUUGUGAAUAUGA